AUGCUGGCAUCACCGAUACGGCAACAGGGCCGAGAACGAAAAGGCUCUGACUCCGAUAAGCCGGAAGCUGAACAUGUGGAAGAAGCUGGCAUGUCUGGAGAAGAGACCGAACGAGCUCCAGGGGAACCGCAGUCAGAAGAGCCUUGGGAAUUAUACCGCCGCGGCCUGAAGCCUUCUGCAAAAUUACUUGAGGAUGCUCGCGCCUCGCUUCGAGGGACUAUGCUGGACCAGACGAAGAAAGAUAAGGCAAUAAAAGAAAACAAGGUGCUUCUGGCGGCCAUGAUGCGCCGGAUCUUCCCAACGCCGCCUGCUCCAGUCCAUACUAAACCAGCGCAGCCAGCGAAAAUGCCGCAGGUGCCGCAGGAGCAGCAGGCGCAGCAGUACCCAAUUAACCAAAUUGCUGUAGGGCCUCGUGUCUCUUUCGGCGAACAUGGUGCGUACCCCCGGUGGGUGCUCGUACCAGCUCCACAGCAGGGAAACCAGCAGCUGCCUUCGCACAAGCUGAUGUGGGAAUUCGAGCCCGGCCCACCCUCUGGUUGGGGUGGUCUGACGAAGGAGCAGCUGUACGAGUGGUCGUAUAAUUGGCAAAGAGCCUGGAUUGAGGAUCCCGAGGGAAGGGAGGCAAUAAUCUCGCACUUGCGAUACGGGCCUCUUAAAGAGCUUGUGAAAGGCGUCGCUCAACCUCUGCCGCCUCUUCCAAAUCCCCCAGCCACCAACUUCUACCUGAAACCAGUUACUCCUCUUGCUCCGGCUCUCUAUGAGACUUGGCGUUGGUCCUACAAGAGGGACUACACACGUCCGACUGCCCCAAUCCGGCAAGGCAUGUACAGCAGAGGGUUGAACCCCGGGCAGCAGGGAGUAGGCGAUGAAGAAAAUCAACUUCCUGGCAUCGGUACUUACCGCAACCAGUACGGCGCAAAUCGCCUACGGGCUGAGGCAGGCCCUGCAAAACCGCUAGCCCUUGACGACGGGCAAGAGCCUGCAAUUGAUGCGGAUCCGAAUCGUCAGACAGUCGAGUCUAGUCUUGACCUGGAUGCCAUGGAUGGUGCACCUAAUGGUUUGCCCAUGACAUCGUGGCCAAAACCUGCUGUACAAGGCCCAGGUAACCUGGCCGUAAAGAAAGGCAUCAGGGAAUUUGCGAAGGUCAAAAUAGGUCCUCGACCGGGAGAGGCCGGCGCCCAUCGCAUCAUACACACAAAGCAGAAAGAAGAGCCAGUGGCACCACCGGACACAGGGUCGGAGCCAGAGACAGAGCCGGAGUCAGAGCCAGAGAUUCUGGGAUCAAAAGAACACGAGCUCGUGACCGAAGCCCUAGAGGAGCUGAAGAAGAAUUAUGAGAAACACUUUCCUCGGCGAACUCUGCGGCGCAUAAGGACAUGGCCGGGCGACGAAAUCCCCAAUCACAUCAGCAGCGAUGAAUUGAAGCUCCUACCCGAUUACUCCCUCGAGCACAGGCCAUUCCACGAUCGAAAUUCGGUGGAACAAGGUCGGACAGCUAAGAGAGCUGCAAGCGGCUUACCAAAGCAGGCUUCUGGGGCCGAUUCUGAUUCUGACGAUAAUGAUGGCCCCGCCAGUGCUGGCACUGCUGGGAACGCGAAAAAAGCCCGCACAAAGAAAUCGACAACUGCUGGAACAGCAAAGUCUGCAAGGACCGCGAAGACUGCUGGCACAGCCGCUCCCACGCAGCAAAGCAGAUAUCCGAAACGUACUGGUCGAAAAUAA